AUGGUAAAAGGCUGCCACUUUGUCCGACAGGCCGACAUUAAGUGGCUUGCUAUACUCGCUCUGAAAUGUCGUGCGCUCCGCGUAUCUGCUAUCGAAGUCCUAUGUGGAGGUCUGAAACCCGACAUACCAAUAUUCCGGUUGUUGCCUGGGCAUUUCAUGUUGAUGGAAGGACUUCACGCCGAGUUUAUGGUGACCUCAUUCCGAGGACUUCGCAGCGAUUGCGAGAAAUGCGCCACUCGUGAAGACCAUUGGCUUCAGGCGGGGUGGCGAAAAUAUCCUCGCUACGAAUCCGAUGUCCUUCCUGCAAGACCGAUGCAGAUCAUGACGCGAUACUCGCAUCAGCCCCUCCUGUUCCCGGCUCUCCGUUCCUUGGAUUGGCUGCACACUUUCAUUGUUCAUGAUUCAGGCCCUUACAUUGCGUGCAAGGGCUUUUGGACUUGCGCAUGUCUUUACACCGGUUCUCAGCUCAAGAAGGUCGCCAUAGACUUGACCAUCCUCUGCCAGCAUGUUUCAGGAAAAGACUGGAGCGUAGAAUUCAUCAAAUUCACGAUGAUAAUUGGCACAGAGUGCCCAGAGGUUACUUAG